UUUUGUUUUCCAAGCUGCCAUUUGAAAUCUGUCAUCAUGCCAAAAUUGAAGCAAGCUACUCUGUCUUCUCUUAAGGGUGUCGUCAUAAUGGAAGAUUUCAUUCGCCAUAAGAAUCUUCUGAAUAAUGAAGAUGAAUCUGAUGAUGCUAAAUUAGAAUCCCUUACUUAUCUGAAAGGAAAGAAACCUUCUAAAGAAAUCAUUUCUUCUACUGGCAUUGGUGCAGUUUUAAGAUCAUUCGAAAACCAUGGCAACAAAAAAAUUGCAGAUGAAGCUAAAGAUCUGUGUAAAUUUUGGGAGCUGCACACAAGCCAAAAAUGUCAGCCAACUGUUGAAGUCAGAUAUGACAAUUUGACUCGCCAUAUUAGACGGACAUCCACACGGCUGUUUGCAGCUGAACUUGGUGAUGGAGAAGAAGAUGAAAAAACUGCUGAUGCUUUAGAAAAAGAGAUAUUUCAUAAGUGUAAUCGAUUCAUAUCAAAGAGCUACAGAAAGACCGUCCGCAAAAUAACAUUUGUACUUAGACAUGACGGUGCUGAAAAAGAAGCCUUCAAAAACGGGAAGAUAUCUCCUUCACAGUUUGUUUUGAAAUAUAUCAGAUGAUAUAACAUUUGAUAAAUUAUCUACUCUUA